AUGGCAAUUUCAUCCACUUCCAUUUCAGACGACUUGGAUGGACAAACUACCUCAUUGAUAAUCAGCACGGUAAAUGGAGCACGAGCAGUUUCAGCUUCUCAACUGAGUUGGAAGUUACCUCCUACAUUGGAGGAAGAUACGAUAGAGGUGCACCAGGCAUUUACUAUCGCCGAACUACCAAUGAGAGCUUCCGAAAGUAUCCGGUCGCUAGCGCGGCGCUGGCCUCGACUCCACGAUCUGCCAUUCGACGAUAUUACGGACACCCGAGUGGACAUAUUCAUCUGCUGUGAUGUACCUGAGGCGCAUUGGGUUCUGGAACAAAUGAUAGGAGGCCGUAGAGAUCCGUAUGCUAUGCGCCCGAAGCUUGGUUGGAUACUCCGCUGGCUCAGUAAUGAUGGUAAUUAUUCAGCCUCGAUCAACUUCAACUCGCAGCCAGAUAAUCCCAUAGGAGAUGACCUGGAGCGGCUAUAA